AUGUUCUUAAUUUCGGUAGAGGCUUCUAGAAACCCUUGUCGAAUCCCUGUCUGCACUGGCCAUAGGACUCUACUUUUACCGGAGACCAUAGUAGAGGUACCUCUGCUAGUCUUAGCGAGCUACUAUAGGGCUAGUCAGCUGGGACUAUAUAGAGGUGUUAGAGGUUUUUGCUAA